AUGAAACCCUGCAAACCAAGCCCCGAGGUGACCCCCAGCGGGGAUGCUGACUUCCACCGCAGCGGAGAGCCAGGCUGCGCAGCCAAGGGCAGCUCCGAGCGCCUGCAGAAUGCCGCCAAGCGCAGGCUGGCUGCAAACGCGAGGGAGAGGAGGAGGAUGCAGGGUCUCAACACGGCCUUUGACCACCUCCGCAGAGUGGUCCCCCAGUGGGGGCAAGACAAAAAGCUCUCCAAGUAUGAGACUCUUCAGAUGGCACUCAGCUACAUCAUGGCCCUGACCAGGAUCCUCGCCGAAGCCGAGCGGUACAGCGCCCAGAGAGGCUGGAUUAACUUCCCUGAGGAGCACUUCCACGCUUACCCAGGACAGAAGGUGGCUGCGGAGGCUGACCCCUACGCCCCCAGGCUUUUCCACUUCCAGCCUGAUCACUACGCAGUUUAA